AUGUCUCUGCUGUCUGUCUGCAGGAUUUAUACUCAGCUGAUCUCAGGAUCAAUAGCUGUGGAUGAGGCUCAGUCUGGUCUCCUUUCAGCUCACCCUCUGCAGGUGGAGGUGAGUCCUCUGGUCUCAGCAGCAGAGCGGGGUUCAGAUCUGGUUCUGACCUGCACAGCGUCCGGAUGUGUCCACCCUCCCACCCUCACCUGGAGGAGGACGGACCAGAACCAGACCGUCCUCCAGAGGACACAGCAGCAGGGCGGACUGUCCCUGCUCCACCUGCAGGACCUGGACCUCCAGAAUCAAGGAGGAUACAGCUGUGAGGCCGAGUGUGACUCCGUCAUCAGGACCGGAAACACCCAGAUCCACAUCCUCUAUCCUCCGAGGAGAACCUCCCUCUCAGUGAGUCCAGGUGAGGAGGUGGUGGAGGGUCAGCAGGUGACAGUUACCUGCCGCUCAGACGGAGCUCCGCCCCCCACGCUGGUGCUGAGGAGAGAGGGGGUGGAGCUUCAGAGGACUGACCCCGCCUCCUCCACGCUCUCCUUCAGCCUCUCCUCCGCCCUGCUGGAAGACUCCGCCCACUACCAGUGUGAAGCCUCCAACCAGUACGGAUCCCAACUGGUCACCAGCUCCCUCACUGUCACUG